GGCUUUAAAAGACCUGGUUGGGUUUGAACUUUAGCUUGCUUGGUUAGGUUGGCUUUCUCAGUGGCUUGGAUUGCAGUAUAGAAUGGGUUUGAUUAAAAUGACUGUUUUGGUGCUUCUUUAUCACCAACUGGUAUGGCAUGUAUUCAGCUCCCCAGUUGAAGGUGGAUCCUUAGAUUCUUCUUGGAGUGAUGGACAAAAAGACAAUGUGGGUGGUGUAUCCAGUUCUAACUCAGUCCACCUGCAUAGCAACUUCAGCCAGGGUGACACUGAGGGAUCCAGUUCUGUCAACGCCACCUUCAGCCAGAGCAACGCUAAGGGAUCUGGUUCAGUCAACACCACCUUCAGCCAGGGCAGCGCUAAGGGAUCUGGUUCAGUCAACACCACCUUCAGCCAGGAUGACACUGAGGGGUCCAGUUCUGUCAACGCCACCUUCAGCCAGGGCAGCGCUAAGGGGUCUGGUUCAGUCAACACCACCUUCAGCCAGGAUGACACUGAGGGGUCCAGUUCUGUCAACGCCACCUUCAGCCAGGGCAGCGCUAAGGGGUCUGGUUCAGUCAACACCACCUUCAGCCAGGAUGACACUGAGGGGUCCAGUUCUGUCAAUGCCACCUUCAGCCAGGGCAGCGCUAAGGGUCUGGUUCAGUCAACACCACCUUCAGCCAGGAUGACACUGAGGGGUCCAGUUCUGUCAAUGCCACCUUCAGCCAGGGCAGCGCUAAGGGGUCUGGUUCAGUCAAUGCCACCUUCAGCCAGGGUGACACUAAGGGGUCCAGUUCAGUCAAUGCCACCUUCAGCCAGGAUGACACUGAGGGGUCCAGUUCAGUCAACACCACCUUCAGCCAGGGCAGCGCUAAGGGAUCUGGUUCAGUCAACACCACCUUCAGCCAGGAUGACACUGAGGGGUCCAGUUCUGUCAACGCCACCUUCAGCCAGGGCAACGCUAAGGGGUCUGGUUCAGUCAAUGCCACCUUCAGCCAGGGUGACACUAAGGGGUCCAGUUCUGUCAAUGCCACCUUCAGCCAGGGCAACGCUAAGGGGUCUGGUUCAGUCAACACCACCUUCAGCCAGGAUGACACUGAGGGGUCCAGUUCUGUCAAUGCCACCUUCAGCCAGGGCAACGCUAAGGGGUCUGGUUCAGUCAACACCACCUUCAGCCAGGAUGACACUGAGGGGUCCAGUUCUGUCAAUGCCACCUUCAGCCAGGGCAACGCUAAGGGGUCUGGUUCAGUCAAUGCCACCUUCAGCCAGGGUGACACUAAGGGGUCCAGUUCAGUCAAUGCCACCUUCAGCCAGGAUGACACUGAGGGGUCCAGUUCUGUCAACGCCACCUUCAGCCAGGGCAACGCUAAGGGGUCUGGUUCAGUCAAUGCCACCUUCAGCCAGGGUGACACUAAGGGGUCUGGUUCAGUCAAUGCCACCUUCAGCCAGUUUGACACUAAGGGGUCCGGUUCUGUCAACGCCACCUUCAGCGAGGAUGAUGCUGAAGGGGGUGAUGCUGAAGGGUCUGGUUCUGUCAGACUCCCCUUCAGCGAGGACGAUGCUGAAGAAGGGUCCGGUUCUCUUUGACUGUUGGCACAAGUCAAGAUCUCUUUGUAACAAAAUAAAAUUGCUUCCUUUUGAAUGGGUUGCUUGGUUUUUGUUAACUCCAUCUUGCUUUUAGGUUUGCUAAAAGAUUUUUACAGCCAUUUAGGUUAAUUUGUAGUGACUUGAAACACAGCCCGUCUUUUGAGGUCAGUAUUUGCCCAACAAAUCUUGAGCUGAGAAGUUCAAAGUCAUCUUUUAUUUAUAGUGUUUUUAGAAUGCAGAUUGCCAGAGCUGCUUUACAGUGAUAAUGGGAA